AUGGCAGCCACAGACUUUGCUCACCAUUUCACCGAGAAGAACAUUCCUUUCGGAAUAGCUUCCUCUCAGUCUCAUAAGACUCCCCAAGCUGCCACCAGACUCGGAAAUGCUGUGAUAUUCCUGAAUGAUCUCGUGGAAGAGUUAUUCAAGGGUGUUGAUGGCCUCCCUAGAGGUGUACUUAACGAGCAGACUCUGAAUUCUUUUGCAGCUCUUCCCAAAACUGUGCAUCAACAUGUACGGAAGCAAAUCCAACAAACCUAUCAACAAAAUGGCCUCGAUGGUUUCCCUUCAGGCAGCAAAGAAGAUAUCAAUUCUGUGACGAUGCAUUUGCCUGUGGAAAUCAAAGACUUUGCGGACUUCUCCUGCUCUCUUGACCACGUCAUAAAUGCAGGGCGUAUAGUAGUCAACAACGGAACGCCACCACCCGGCUUCUUCAAGUUCCCAGUUGGAUAUCAAGGCCGAACAGGCUCUAUCGUGGUUUCAGGAACAGAUAUUGAGCGUCCUUAUGGACAGUUCAAGAACCCUGCUGCAGCUGAAACGGAUGAUCCUAUCAUUUAUGCACCGUCUCAGAAGGUUGAUUAUGAAGUUGAGCUUGCAGCCGUUAUUGGAAAGCCGUUGGGCAUGAAGCAGAGACUUCAUGCUAAGGAUGCUGAGGAGCAUAUUUUUGGUUUUGUAAUUCUUAAUGAUUGGAGUGCUCGUGAUAUCCAAGGUUUUGAAAUGUUCCCUCUCGGGCCUUUCAACGGCAAGAGUCUAGGAACUUCCAUCUCUCCCUGGAUUAUUACCCUUGAUGCUCUAGAGCCUUUCAGAACCAAGGCCCAAGAGCAGAAGGCUAUAUCAGCCUCAUACCUCCAGCAUCCCAACCCCUCAACAUUCUCCAUCAACUUGAAAGUUGAAGUCUUGGCAAACAACGCCUCCACAACACUUGGUGUUUGUCCAGUCGAGUCUCUAUACUGGACUCCUCAGCAAAUGGUUGCGCACUCAGUUAGUUCGGGAAGUGCGCUUAGGACCGGUGAUCUUCUGGCCACGGGUACUGUUUCUGGUUCUGAGGAGACAAGCAGAGGUUGUAUGCUUGAAUCAACGGAGGGCGGCAGCAAGCCUGUCACUUUGAGUGAUGGGUUGAAAAGGGGAUUUCUUGAGGAUGGCGAUGUCGUGAGGAUAACGGGAUCUGUUGGUGGUGAUGGAUCAGGUAUUGGAUUUGGUGAAUGCAUUGGCCAGCUUACUCCUGCUCGUCCUUAUUGA